AUGGACGCCGAGAUCUCGUUGGAGUUAAAGAAAGAAGAGAGGUGCAGCAGUGUUUCAUUGGAGUUGAAGCUCGACCAAUAUGAUCCCUGGGCUAUCAAGAAGACGAUUGUGACAAGCGAUCUGGGGUAUUUGUCGAAGUUGGUGCUGGCGGAGGACAGCGUAAGGAGGCAUAUUUUACCCCAUUGGGAUGCACAGUGCAUUGAGAACAUAAAGAAUGGGGUGAGCGUUCCAGUAUGGGACUGCGACACCAUGUCUGAAUAUCAAUUGCUCUUCAAACGAUGGGAGAGUGGGAGCUACGUCUUCAUUGAAAGAUGGAAAGGAGACUUUGUAGAGAGGAGGAGCCUGAAGAAGGGUGAUGAGAUUGGAAUUUAUUGGGAUCCCGGCAAUUCAAGAUUUAAUUUUAGCCUUCCCAAGCGUGGCCUAGCUUGGAUUAACAUGUAGCUCCAUUUCAUGUCUCUUUUAAUUUCUGUCAUGUAUAUUGCAAAUCAA